AUGGAUGUGAUUGGCACAAUUGACUCUCCUGUUUCAAAUGGACAUCGAUUUAUAUUGGUGGCAAUUGAGUACUUCACCAAGUGGGUCGAAGCAAAAUCAUUCAAGCAUGUGACAAAGAAAGUGGUGGCAAAUUUCUUAAGAGAUCACAUCAUAUGCCGAUUUGGGGUGCCAGAAACAUUGAUUACAGACAAUGCCAAGAAUCUCAACAAUGAUAUAGUGGACGGGCUAUGCGAACAGUUCAAAAUCAGAUAUCGUAACUCUGCCAUCUAUAGACCGCAGAUGAACGGAGCCGUGGAGGCCGCAAACAAGAAUUUGAAGAAGAUCAUUCGCAAGAUGACUGAAAAGCAUCGUGACUGGCAUGAAAAGCUCCCUUAUGCACUAAUGGCAUAUCGGACUUCUAUCCGAACAUCAACUGGGGCAACCCCCUACUAG